AUGGAUUCUUUUUCGAGCAUUAUGUCCCCGACAUACGCUCGCAGGCGACAAGCCUCACCUCCAUUGCAGACAAGCUGCUUCUCGAAGCACAAACUCGAUGGAGUCUUUUUCGAGCAUUAUGUCCCUGACAUACACUCGCAUGCGACAAGCCUCAUCUCCAUUGCAGACAAACUGCUACUCGAAGCACAAACUCAAUGGAGUCUUUUUAAAGCAUUAUAUCCCCGACAUACGCUCGCAGGCGACAAGCCUCACCUCCAUUGCAGACAAGCUGCUCCUCGAAGCAUAAACUCAAUGGAGUCUUUUUCGAGCAUUAUGUCCCUGACAUACACUCGCAUGCGACAAGCCUCAUCUCCAUUGCAGACAAGCUGCUCCUCGAAACACAAACUCAAUGGAGUCUUUUUCGAGCAUUAUGUCCCCGACAUAUGCUCGCAGGCGACAAGCCUCAGCUCUAUUACACACAAGCUGCUCCUCGAAGCACAAACUUAA